AUGCUGCGCCUGAUCCGCUCGCCCGCCGCCCAGCGCCUCGUGCUCACGCGCGGCAUCGCCUCGUCGCGGCCGCUGCUGCGCGAGCUGCAGAUGGCCAAGCCGCCGCUCACGAGCCUCAACAACGCCGCCGCCAUGGCGCAGCUCGGGCUCGAGGGCACGCUGGAGGAGGUGGCGGCCAGCCACUUCUCCGAGGCCUCGGCCUUCCCCGAGUUCUCGCCCAUGGAGGACACGCUGCUGUCGCAGGCCGUGCCGCUCAUCCCGACCCCGGAGCCCAUCAUGGACGCGCACGCGCUGGCCGAGGAGCAGCUCAUGGCCGAGAUGCAGCAGCACUUCUGCGAGUCGUCCGACUUCCCGGAGUACACGCCCGCGGAGGAGGAGGCCAUGAUGAAGGAGAUGUGA